UAUAUAUACCUCUCUUCCACAUUAGCAUUCAACUAGGGUUUAGCUUCUUCUUCGCAGGCGCCACCGUCACUCUCCGCCGUAGCUCCCGUUCUGCAGUCAAAAAUGGUUAAGGGACGUCAAGGAGAGCGCGUCAGACUUUAUAUCAGAGGGACGAUUCUCGGGUACAAGAGAUCGAAGUCGAACCAGUAUCCAAACACUUCCCUGAUUCAGAUUGAGGGAGUGAACACUAAAGAGGAAGUGGAUUGGUACCAGGGAAAGCGCAUGGCGUAUGUCUACAAGGCUAAGACCAAGAAGGGCGGGUCCCACUACCGUUGUAUCUGGGGGAAGGUCUGUCGGCCACACGGCAAUAGCGGCGUCGUCAGAGCGAAGUUCAAGUCCAACUUGCCGCCUAAGUCCAUGGGGAACAAAGUUAGGGUUUUCAUGUACCCAAGCAACAUAUAAGAGAAGAGAAGAUGAAGAUGAGAGUUGUAGCGGGUUUUGGAGCCUAAUAUUUAUAUAGUAGUCAAAUUUGCCAUGUUCUACUCUUUUUUGUUAGACAAUGUUGGAGUUGUACGAAUGAACAUAUAUGGUCAAAUGCAACUACUUUUGGUCAUUUGACAUCCUUUUUGACUGUGUUUGUGUUUUGUUCAUUUGAAAUCCUUAUUUUCCAUAGUGUUUUCUCA